AUGUCCUGCCAGCAGAGCCAGCAGCAGUGCCAGCCCCCUCCCAAGUGCCCUCCCAAGUGCCAGACCCCAAAAUGCCCUCCUAAGUGUCCUCCUAAGUGUCCCCCUGUCUCUUCCUGCUGUGGUUCCAGUUCCGGGAGCUGCUGUGGUUCCAGCUCCGGGGGCUGCUGCAGCUCUGGCGGUGGUGGCUGCUGCCUGAGCCACCACAGGCCCCGCAGAUCUCUCCGUCGCCAUCGUCACAGCUCUGGAUGUUGUAGCAGUGGUGGCAGCAGUGGCUGCUGUGGCAGCAGCGGGGGCAGCAGUGGCUGCUGUGGCAGCAGCGGGGGCAGCAGUGGCUGCUGUGGCAGCAGCGGGGGCAGCAGUGGCUGCUGUGGCAGCAGCGGUGGCAGUAGUCAGCAUCUGGGUUCCGGGGGCUGCUGUGGUUCCAGUUCCGGAGGCUGCUGUGGUUCCAGCUCCGGGGGCUGCUGCAGCUCUGGCGGUGGUGGCUGCUGCUUGAGCCACCACAGGCCCCGCAGAUCUUUCCGUCGCCAUCGUCAGAGCUCUGGAUGCUGUAGCAGUGGUGGCAGCAGUGGCUGCUGUGGCAGCAGCGGGGGCAGCAGUGGCUGCUGUGGCGGCAGUGGGGGCAGCAGUGGAUGCUGUGGUGGCAGCGGCGGCAGUAGCCAGCAGUCUGGCGGAUGUUGCUGA